GCGGGAGGCUGGGGCUGGCUGGCGGCCGCCGCGCUGGGCCCGCGGGGUGCGUGCCCUCCGGCCAUGGAGGACGAGCUGAGCUUCUCGGACAUCUACGGCGGCCGCCUGGCCCUGCAGCGCCGCUACUACUCGCCGUCCUGCCGCGAGUUCUGCCUCAGCUGCCCGCGGCUCUCGCUGCGCUCGCUCACCGCUGUCACCUGCUCCGUGUGGCUGGCGGCCUACGGACUCUUCACCCUCUGCGAGAACAGCAUGAUCCUCUCUGCUGCCAUCUUCAUCACCCUCAUAGGCCUGCUUGGUUACCUCCAUUUUGUGAAGAUUGAUCAGGAGACUCUGUUAAUCAUUGAUUCCCUGGGCAUCCAGAUGACUUCAUCCUAUGCCUCUGGCAAAGAAAGCACCACCUUCAUUGAGAUGGGCAAGGUGAAGGACGUUAUCAUUAAUGAGGCUAUUUAUAUGCAGAAGGUGAUUUACUACCUUUGCAUUUUAUUGAACGACCCGAUGGAACCAAAUGGGAUAUCCCAAGUAGUACCUGUCUUCCCGAGUGCCAAGCCCCGGCUGGACUGCUUGAUUGAAGUAUACAGGAGCUGCCAGGAGAUCCUGGCACCCGGGAAAGCCACAUCCACAAGCCCAUGAGCCCCAGCAUUCAGAAGGCCAGGCUGUCUUCCGAUGAGAGGGGAAAUGACUCCUAAGCUGGUGUUUUUUGCUGUAUUCAAACCAUCAUGUGGACACGGCCCUAGGAACCAGGAUGGAUGCAGUGGAUCUGAGCCACAGAGCAGGUGACUGGAACUCAGCUCAUUGUGUGAUGUUGAGCCAAGUGUUCCUGGUAUUUCAGUGCUCCCCAUGUAAGGUAUGUGUACGUUACCAAUGAGAGGAGACCGUAAGAAACGGUUUGUCAAAGGUCAUGUUGACAAAGAGCACUUUGCGAAUUUUCUAAGCACAUUCAAGUUGACUUUUUGUUGAAUUUUGUGGAGCAAGAUAAUGGGAAAUUGAUAUCAGAUCUCUUGAGAAAGACAAUUUCCAGUUAUAUAAAAGUUAAGAAAAUAGUCCAGCCCUUCAGGCACUGGGUUAGUGGGAAGAAAUGUCCCACAAGACUAGACUCUCCCCCUAGCUCCUUUGUCUGUAUAGGGUUAAAUAUGAUGAAUCUCUUAAUAAACAGGUCUCCUUCCUAAACAUGUACAGUAA